AUGCCCGGCUUCGACUUCUCAAACUACAACCGCAAUGCGGCGCUACAUGCCCGCGGCGUGCCGUUGCCCAAGGCCACCAGCACAGGAACAACCAUUGUCGGGUGCAUAUACGAUGGCGGUGUUGUGAUCGCCGCCGACACAAGAGCCACCUCGGGCCCGAUCGUUGCCGACAAGAACUGCGAGAAGCUGCAUUUCAUUGCGCCCAACAUUUGGUGUGCUGGUGCGGGCACGGCUGCCGACACCGAAUUCACAACUGCCUUGAUCAGCUCGCAGCUCGAGCUACACUCCCUCUCAACCGGCCGCAAGCCGCGUGUGGUGACCUGCAUGACGAUGCUGAAGCAGCACCUGUUCCGGUACCAGGGCCACAUCGGAGCCUACCUCGUUGUCGCGGGCGUCGACCCAACCGGCACGCAUCUCUUUACGGUACACGCGCACGGCUCGACCGACAAGCUACCAUACGUGACGAUGGGGUCCGGUUCGCUAGCGGCCAUGUCGGUGUUCGAGACUCAGUGGAAGCCGUCGCUGACGCGGGAUGAGGCCGUCAAGCUGUGCGCCGACGCCAUCGAGGCCGGUAUCUGGAACGAUCUGGGUUCUGGUAGCAACGUGGAUGUGGCCAUCAUCACCGCUGACAAGACCACCCUACGUCGCAACUACAUCCGCCCCAACGAACGUACCCAGAAACUCAAGAGCUACGCUUUCGAGAAGGGCACCACCGCUGUUCUCAACGAGAAGAUCAUCCGCAAAGCAGACUUGGGCAACUACGUCAGCGUACACGAGCUGCCGGCAGAGGAAAGCGGUGAUAAGAUGGAGGUGGACACGUAA